CAGUUUAGCAGGGCCGACUGGUGUGGUAAGGCAGUACUGCGGCGGCUGUACCGCUAUCCCCGCGAAUAAAUAAAAGAUGCAACGGAGAUCACGUACAUAGCGGACUCCACCUGCGAGAUCGCGGUUCAGUGCGCCUCUGGACACCUCCCGCGAUGGUCAAUUACAAGCGUGUAGUAUGCGAAGUGGCUGUUGUGGCGGCGUUGUUGACGGUGACCACCGGUGCCCCCACGCCCGAAUGCGCGGACAAACACUACGAUCAGCGGCAAAAUGGCACCGAGAACUACCGACUCAAUAUUGAUGGCGUCGUGAUCGCUGUUGCGCCGGCGCAGUCGCUCCUAGAAGCGGCUACCGAUAUCGACAUCAGCGACCUUCUGGAUUUAUACGAGAUGAAUGAAUUGGAGAAGCCGAAGCCUCCGUCUAACCCUAUCAGUAUUCCUGAGAAACCGGAGAACACAAAGCCCCAAGAAUCGAAACCAGAAAGUCCUGAAAAGCCAGCAGAGACGCCACUCAGUGAUGUCAGCUUGAAUGCAGAUUUGAAGCCGUCAAAAAAAGAUGCUCUGACUAAGAAACAUGAAAAAACACAAAGGCUGAAGGCUAGACUCGCUCAUAUUCUGUUGCCGCUGCUCAGGAAAAAUCGCCAUCAUUAGUUGACUAAAUAUUGAAAGAUACGAACAUUCUAAUGAUACUAUUUAUUCUGUGAAACAGGAGUGAAAUUACUUUUUUUUUUUU